AUGUCUGAACACGAAUCUGUCAACAAAACAGCAUUAUAUUACGUCAAUGAACCGCCAAUUAAUGACUAUAUCGAAACAUUCUUUGCCAAUUACGCUUCGAUUCCGAUCGAAAAAUUGCGUGAUCACUUAUUGACCGUGCGUGAUCGUGCUUGGCAAAAAUGCAAUUAUCCAUGUCUCGGUCGUUGGGUUUUUCUUCAUUUUUCCAUUCAAAAAAGUCCUAUUUACAAAGAAAUUAUUGAAAAAUGUAAAAAUGAAGGCGCAACGGUGAUUGAUUUCGCAUGUUGCCUUGGUCAAGAUGUACGACAACUCGUCUACGAUGGAGUACCUAUUGAUCGAAUACGUGGCUACGAUCUCGAUCCUUUCUUUAUCGAGCAAGGUUAUAAACUAUUUCGUGAUGGAGAAAUAAUGCAACAAAAUAAAGUAUUUAGUUCGGGUGACAUAUUUAAUGAUCAAUUUCUGGAUGCGAUAGAACCAGCCGAUUAUGUUAAUGUUGGCGCAUUCUUCCAUAUUUUUGAUGCCGAGACACAAAGAGAUGUGUGUCGACGUCUCACUCGCCUAUGCAAACGUGCUAUCAUCGGAUGGAAGACUGGUGCGUUGAUACCGACAGAACUUCCAAAACCUUUAUCAUUUGAGGGCACUAUGAUGUGGCAUUCUCCAGAAAGCUUUAUGCGUAUGUGGGAUGAAGUUACAGAUGGCAAAUGGCAAGUGGAAAGUACUACUCUGAAAACGAUGGACGGACUAGAAGAUCUUGGUCUUGCACUCACUUUUGUAGUUAGAAAAAGAGGAGAACAAUAA